AUAUUGCCCUCGCCUCCUCUUUUCUUUUCUUCUUCUUCUUCUUAUUCGGCUUAGCUUGAACACCCCCCCCCCCCCCCCAACCCCGGGGGUCUUCCUGAUUCACUGCCCCACAUAGACCAUAUAGCUGCCAAGAAGUCCAAGAAGAUAUAGACACUCUUUGUGUGGAUCCCACCAGUUUGGGUCUCUUCUUUUUCUUUGAUUUUGCUGUUUGAUUUUUAGCCGAGCUGGAUCCAUCUUGGAGAUCUUAGUACUCUUCAAUUCAAAUCCAGUGUCUUUCUCAGGCAAUUCUCUUUAUCUUCUAUCUUUUGCGAUUGAUCUGGUUAUUUGGUGGGCUUCGUGAUUGCUGCCACUUUCUACUUGCUUAUGGGUUCUGCAGAGGAUAAAAUAGACCUUGACUCGGAUGAGGAGAUUGCUUUUAGACCUUCACCAUCUACAACAAAAGUCCAUACUUUUGAUUUUGAGACAGCAAAUGUACUUUCUCCUGUAAAUUUGGCCAGCUCAUCCUUCUUUAAGCGGACACAGAUCCGGCCUAUCAGGAGCAUGUAUAAUGUCUUAAUUAAAGCAAAGAUCAACAUGUUGCUACCUUUUGGUCCCUUGGCGAUAUUGCUACAUUAUGUGACACAAAAGCAUGGAUGGGUGUUCUUUUUCAGCUUACUGGGUAUUACUCCUUUGGCAGAACGCUUGGGUUAUGCUACAGAGCAGCUUGCAUUGUAUACUGGACCAACAGGUAUAGUUGUAGUUUUCAUGGUAUAAAUCUUGUUAGGUAUGAAAAGGAAGGUAUUAUAUAGAUAGUUGUAUGAGGAUGAUAACACUAUGAGAAGCUUUUUGUUGGAGUUUUUGGUCUGCAGUUUUAGGUUUUGUUAUCCUUCAUUCUAAAUUUACUAAAUAAAACACAUGAAU